UUGAAGAUGAAAAUGCUGGCUAGAAAUGAUUCCUUAGUGACUGAAUUCAUUCUUGCUGGAUUAACAGAUCUUCCAGAGCUCCAACAACCCCUGUUUUACCUGUUUUUAAUGAUCUACAUUGUCACAAUAGUGGGCAACCUUGGCUUGAUCACUCUUAUUGGUUUAAAUUCUCACCUCCACACCCCCAUGUACUAUUUCCUCUUCAACCUCUCUUUCAUUGAUCUCUGUUACUCUUCUGUUUUCACUCCCAAAAUGCUGAUGAACUUUGUAUCAAAGAAGAAUAUCAUUUCCUAUGUUGGGUGCAUGACUCAGCUAUUUUUCUUUCUCUUUUUUGUCAUCUCUGAAUGCUACAUGUUGACCUCCAUGGCCUACGAUUGCUAUGUGGCCAUCUGUAGUCCAUUGCUGUAUAAGGUCACUAUGUCCCAUCAGGUGUGUUCUGUGCUAACUUUUGCAGCUUAUACAAUGGGAUUUGCUGGAGCCACUGCCCACACAGGGUGCAUGCUGAGACUAACCUUCUGCAGUGCUAACGUCAUCAACCAUUACUUGUGUGACAUACUCCCCCUCCUCCAACUUUCUUGCACCAGCACCUAUGUCAAUGAGGUAGUAGUUCUCAUUGUUGUGGGUAUUAAUAUCACAGUACCCAGUUUUACCAUCCUAAUUGCUUAUGCCCUGUAUAGUCAGCAGCUGUCAGCACUCAUGUAUCUUAAAUAUUCUUCUCCUGGAUCUAUGGACCAGGGAAAAGUUUCUUCUGUUUUUUAUACUAAUGUGGUUCCUAUGCUCAACCCCCUCAUCUAUAGUUUGAGGAAUAAGAAUGUCAAAGCUGCGCUGAAGAAAGCUCUGGUUAACAUUCAGAGGAAAAACAUAUUCUAA